AUGGUCAACGUUGGUUCCGCCGCCGAUCCCAUCGUCACUCGCCUCGUCGACGAGGACAAGACACCAUGGUACAAGAAGCCCAAUCUUCGUAUCAUGUACGUAUGGUUGUUCUUCUGCUGUAUGGGUGUCGAGAUGACUUCCGGAUUCGAUUCUCAACUUAUCAACACUCUGCAGUACUCGCAAACCUUUCACCACUAUCUCGGUGAUGGACGAAUGGACGACAAAGGCAAAUAUGCUAUCGAACCUGGUAUGCUCGGCUUUGUCAACUCCUGUUACCAGCUCGGCUCCAUUUUUGCUGUCCCCGUUGCACCCUGGUUUGCUCAGAAAUACGGUCGAAGAUGGUCCAUCAUGUUGGGUUCUCUCAUCAUGGUUGUCGGUGCCAUCAUCCAAGGUUUUGCUCAGCAUGUCGGCAUGUAUAUCGUCGCUCGUAUCAUUCUCGGAGCUGGAAUCCUCUUUUGCAUCAUCUCUGGUGCUGCUCUAAUCGGAGAGCUGGGAUACCCCAAGGAGCGAGCUACCCUAACCUCACUUUUCAAUUCUUCGUACUUUGUUGGUCAAAUCCUUGCUUCUGCCAUCGCUUUGGGUACCACUUCCAUCAAGACAAACUGGGCCUGGAGAAUCCCUUCUCUUUUGCAAAUCUGCCCCUCUCUGAUCCAGAUUGCUACUGUUUUCCUCCUACCCGAGUCCCCCCGUUUCCUCAUCUCCAAGGACCGCACCGAAGAGGCCGCCGCUAUCCUCGUCAAAUAUCACGCCGAAGGCGACGUCAACUCUCCCCUCGUCCAAGCCGAAAUUGUUCAAAUCCGGGAGACCAUCAAAGCCGAGAUGGAGGCUUCUAAGCAGUCCUGGCUCUCAGUUGUCCGUACCGCCGGUAUGCGUCGUCGAUUUCUCGUCACCAUCUUUAUCGGUCUCUUCACUCAACUUUCCGGCAACACCCUUCUGAGUUACUAUUCUGGUAAACUAUUCGAGCUCAUGGGAUACACAAGCGACUACACAAAGACUCGCAUCAACCUUGCUUUUGCUUGCUGGAGUUUGAUGAACGCCACAGCUCUUGCCCUCAUCGUCCCUCGGUUCAAGCGUAGACACAUGUAUAUGCUUUCCGCCACUCUGAUGCUUCUCGCCUUUAUCGCUAUGACUGUCUCCCUGCAGCAGAUCCAGGCGACUCCCAUAGGCCAAAAGAACAACGCUGCAGGUAUCACUGCGCUGUUCUUCUAUUUUGCAUACUCACCAACAUACAACAUCGGAAACAAUGCUCUCACAUAUACCUACCUUGUCGAACUUUGGCCCUAUGCUAUGCGAUCUCGUGGUAUUGGUGUUCAGCAAAUCUUUGGAAAGCUCGCCGGCUUCUUCUCCACUAACGUCAACUCCAUUGCUCUCGAUGCGAUCAAAUGGAAGUACUUGGCUAUCUACUGUGGUUGGAUUGUCUUCGAGUUUCUUAUCAUCUACUUCCUCUACCCCGAGACCAGCGGCCGCACCCUCGAGGAACUUGCUUUCCUCUUCGAGGACGACGAGCUCAAGGAAAAGGCAACCGCUGCUGUCGAGAAGCAAAUCCAUUUCGGAGACGCCAAGGAGGAGGAGCAAAAGACUCAAGUACAGACCCGAGAGGUUGCUUAG